AUGCCGACAGCGCCGCUCUCACCACCUGGGUCGGGCAAGGCCCUCAUCAUGGGUAGCAUCGUCUUGCACCUCGUCUGCGUAUUCUACGUGGUCCAAGCUGUCUUCCAGACGGCCAAGAGCUAUGCCCUGGCAUAUGUCGUAGCCUUCAUCACGAUGGCGGCCACGGCCUGGUCUCUCGCGAGUGGGCUGUACGAGAAGCUGGGGCGCAGAGGAAUCGCACUGUUCCUCUUCCUCGUCGCUUGUAUGGUCGUAGCUAGCGCCAUGCUGCUGGCGGACAACAUCGUCCUCGACGAAGGCGGCGCAGGCUUGCAACUCCUGCGCGGUUACGCCGGCGUCUUCUACGUCGCCACCCUGGCCUCGGCCUACCGCUACCCCAGCUCGAGCUCGCGCGCGUACCCGGUACUCCGGGACCUCGCCACCGCCGACCACUGGGACCUCGGCGCGCGCAAGCGCGCUCUCGAGGCCGCGCUCGCCAACAACACGGGCACGCUGGCGCGUAUCUCCGAGUUGCGUUUCGCACACCCCGACCUCGCGACGAAUGCCGAGGUGGCCGCGCUGUGCGCUGACGUGCGCCGUGACCUUGGGCACUGGACUGCCGUGUCCGAGGCGUAUGCUGUGCGGUUUGAGGCGGGGGAUGCUGUGCCCCAAGCUCCGGGAAGUUGA